AGGGGUGACGCCACGUUGAGGGUGCCUGGUGCACAGGCACCACCCUCUCAUCCAAAAACACCACUAAACAUAUCUAUGAUGAACAGUAUAUGAACAGUAAUUUUUGAAUAGUAAACGUGCCGGCAUCAGGGUAGUUUUGGAUCGGGCUUCGCCCCUGCCUGCUGGUUAGGUUAGGCGCCACCAUUGACCUCCCGCCUCUUCCUCUUCUCCAGUCCGCACGCACGUAUAUAUAAUCUCCACCCCGGCCUCAUCCUCAGCUCUGCUGCUCCUCCAUCUCCUCUGCUCCUUGCUCUGCUUCUCGCUCGCUAGGUAGCUUAAUUAGCUGCUUCUUGGCAGAAAGAUCAAUCAAUAAUGGACGUGCACGCCGACAUGAGGCGCCCGGCGGCCCACGAGGCGGCGCUCCGGGCCGUGCAGAAGCCGCCCGCCAAGCCAUGGCGCGGCACGACUGCCGCGGUGCCACCUCCGCCGCCCAAGGUGUACCGCGUCGAGCCGAGGGAGUUCCGGGACCUCGUGCAGAGGCUCACCGGCGCGCCUCCCGCGGCAAGAGACGCCAGGCAGCAGCAGAUGGCGGUGCAGCCGGUGGCCGUGCGCGCCGGGGCCGCCGGCGAGGAGCAGCAGCUCUACGCGCCGUGGUUCUCGUUCCCGCUGGCGGGGCUCGACGCCCACAACGGCAACGGCGGCGGCUUCAUGUAGAUGUACUCCUCGUAGUCAUAGAUUAAGGAAAGCAUCAAAUUAAGCUUUUUUUUAUUUCUUCUAUUUCCCGUGCGCUAAUUUGGGGGGGAGUUGUUUUAUGGGAAUCAUCAUGGACACAAAUGCAAUAUGGAUGGUGUGCUUUGUUUCUUAAUAAAGUUGUCAUAUACACACAUCAGUGUAAA